AUGGCCACGACGGCCAAGGCCGCCCCCAAGGCACCCGUGUACCCCGCCGGCGUGCCCGCUACACGUGACAUGUUCAAGAAGCAGGAGUCUCGAAAGACCUAUCUCAUGGACCGGUACACUCACAUGCUGCGAACCAAGUCUGUGUUCCUUGUCUACCACCAGAACGCCCAGCUGUACCGGGACCAGGCCGGUCUCAAGGCCGCCAUCAAGGCUGCCGGUGGCGAACACAGCACUAUUGCCACGUCACUGAUGCGGGCCACUUUGCGAGGUCUCAGUACCGAAGACCCUCUGUCGAAACAGGCCAACGCCGAGCACAAGAAUAGCGUCCAUCCUCUGAGCCAGCUGUUCAAGGGGUCUGCCAGUGUCGUGUCUUUCGAUAAGCUGGACCCCCGAGCCGUGGAGAGCGUGAUCAAGCUCACUGACCGAGUCGGCGACCGAAUGCUGCUUGUGGGAGCCUUUGUCAACGGCCAGACCAUGUCUAUUGACGAGGUGGAUGUGCUCAAGAAGCUGCCUUCCAUGGAGGAUCUGCAUGCACAGCUUGCCGGCCUUCUCACUGUUCUCGGUGGAGGACAGCUGGUCCAGGCUCUCGAGGCUCCUGGAAAGCUGCUGUAUCUCAAUCUCGAUCAGCACGCCAAGGGCGAGGGCGAGGGGGAGAAGAAGGAGUGA